UUUAACGUGACUGUCCUCAAUUCUACUGCUGUUAACGUUUCUUGGCAGGUAGUAAACCCACUUUUUUUCACUUAGCAUUUAUUAGAGUUUCCUGCUCCACUGACACCGUUAUCAAAAGUUUUUUUUUUAAAUAGCUUUGCUCUAUAACACUCAGAAAAGACAAUACUAAGACAUGCGCAGCGGGCAGGUUGGACACUUUCUUUUUCGCAACAGUUCUUGGUGACUUAUUUACUAAUUGACUGUGGUUCCGAGUAGUCAAAACUGUGCUAACAUUACAAUGAAUGCAUAAACAUCUUUUGAAAUGACUGCAGGAGCUAAAGAAAUGAAUCUAUCGCAUUGUACUGCAAUACAAUUUAGGAAGUGAUAUUGCAUGUGGUAUAUUUAUCAAGUAAUUGUGGCUAAAAGAUAUUCAUAUUCAUCAUUAUUGCUUGGAGAGACUGGAAACCGAAAGGAGCAUGGUUAAUAUGCCGUGUGAGUGAAUUAUUACUCAACAUGUUGAAAUUAAUAGCAGUUUGAUACCUUUGUUGAUUAAUUUUAUUCUACUCGGCUCCCUCAUCACAGUUUAGUAUUAUUAUCAUUGUCAUCUAGAUGCUCACUAAGGAAGACGCUAGAGGUGAUAUUCUGGGCUAUUACAUUCUGUACAAGAGAAAAAGCGAGCCAGAGGCAUCGUGGAAGAACAAAACUGUUGACAGAGCGGAGACUACGUCUUCAGUACUGGCGUCUCUAGAUGAGUACACAUCAUACCAGUUUGCCAUACAGGCCUUCAACCGCAAGGGUGUCAGCGGUCGGAGUGAAAUUGUGGAGAGAGAGACAGAUGAAGGUGGUAAGUUGCUGAGAUUUGAAUUUUUCUCUUUAAAAUUCGUGACUUGUUUUGCUGUUUUGUUUUGUUGUGUUUUGUUUAAGCAUAAGAAAAAUCAAAAACAGCAGAAAAGGGACAGCUUGUUUAAAAUCACAUGAUCUGCUCUUCGUGUUUUGAAAUUUAGUCAGUUCCCCCAACGUAGAAAGAAAUAAUGUUUUAAAUAAUACAUUGAGCGAGAAAUUUUUCUUUCUUGUAAAUUUUUAUCAUAAACACCAAUUAGUAUGUACUUUACAGCAAGACAAAUAAACUUUCAAUUGUAAAUUUUACUGUUUAUUUAAAUGUUGUUUAAUUCCUAGUUGUUCCAGAGCCACCUCAGAACAUUACUGUUAUCACAAAGGGUUCGCGAGCUAUAAAUAUCUCCUGGACGGCUGGUUUUGAUGGAAAUAGUGCCAUUGGAAACUACACAGUAGAGAUCAGUGAACAUGAUCAGAUCUUUAAGGAUGUUAUUUGUCAAGGAUCACUCUCAAGCAGUGCAUGCGUGGUUUCCAGUCUCUCCACAACUGCUUCUCUUACAGGUCUUUUUCCUUGGACAAUAUAUAAUAUCAGAGUGUUUGCCAGAAACAAAAUUGGCAGAAGUAACAGCAGCCCUAUUAUUAAUGUUACCACAGAUGAAGCAGGUAUGCUGCUUACUCUAUGGAGUUUUUUGCUAUGUAUGAAGAGAGUUAUGGAUGAAAGCUACACAAUUACCACAAGAACAUGGCAGGGGGUUGGGAGAUACACUAGAAACUUCUGGUAAUGUUUGAUAUUAACUGAUUCUCUCCUCAAGUUACCUGACUUAAAGAAAUGUUUCAUAAUGUAAUGUUUUGAAAGAGCAAAUCUUGUAGCUGUUAUUUUGAAUAACCACCUGUCUUUUGGACAUUUUGGCACUAACGCCUCCCUCCAAAUUGGUGGAUUCGAAUGAAAGCAACAAAAAAGUUCUUGACAAAUAUGAGAAAAACCAAGUCUGAAUCGGCGUUCUUCUUCUUUACACCAUGGUUCGAAGACAAUGAGCUCUGAAGAAGUAAAUAUCGAUUCGUAACGCCACACCGCUUAAAUUUGUACUGAACUUUAGGAAGCUCUUACGCACUUAAAUUUUCAGGAAAUUAAGACUAAUCCUAAAGGAAGCACGCUUCUUUUCAGGGUUAUAUUACACUCUUAUCUAGGGACGUUUCAUUUAAGACGAGAAAAAAAAGCUAAGUUAUGAGUUUGAGUGUUGGUUUCUUUAACACACCUGUUAUGUUUAGCAUGUUCCUUACCUGACCAUGACAACUGCUUUAAACAAUCUUCCUGUAAGGCUUUCUAAGUACGUUCGAAUCGUGAUCAAGGGCCCUCGGGAAAGAGGUUUUUGGUGCCGGUUUUAUUAGUAAUUUUAAGACAACAGUAUAACACGAUUUGUAUCAUUAUUUCCCGCAGCCAGCUUUUAAAAGCAGUUUUUUCACAUGGACACAAACACUACUUUGUGGUACUAAGUGUUUCGUAGUGAUAGUGAGUGUUUUUUAUUUUGUUUUUAUUGGUUUUGAUCUUCUUGUACUUCUUGCAAAAUUUUAAUGUAACAGAUAAUAAAAGACACUCCUCCUGGCAGGUUACUUUUAAAGUAUUUUUAAAGCAGCGGAAGGUUUUUUGCCAAGUGCUCGUUAACAGAUUUUGCAACAGUUUAACUUUUGGUCACACAAGCCUUCGUGAAAAUAGGAUGACGUGCAAGAUUGACGAAAUAAACUUUAUGAACGUUGCC